AUGUGGAAUCGUUUGGUUAACAAAUUUCAAAAUAACAAAACCACUCGAAUCUUGACUCUUGAAUUCCAAUUUAAGUCUUUUCAUCUAUCUCGAUUCUCUUCUGUUAAAUCAUAUUGUUCUGAAAUUAAAAAUAUUAUUGAUGGGUUAUGUAAUGUUAGUUCUUCGGACUCGGAUAGUCGUCUCUCUUUACAAGUUCUCCAUGGGCUUACCGAAGACUAUCGUUCUUUUCGGUCCACUGUUCAACAUAUGAAUCCACUUCUUGAUUUUGACACAACUCGAUCAAUGAUUGAAUUGGAAGAGCAAACCCACAACAAAGAAACUCCUCCUAAUGACACGACUCUCUUGGUUUCUGAUUCCCUGCUUUCCAGGUCACCAUCGUCGGACAGCCGCCAGUCAUCUCACUCCGGCAACCAUGGUCGCCGCAGCAAUCAUCGAGGAGGCAAAGGCUCUCGACAGUUGUCACUCGUCCAUACAAUCACAAACUAA